UUACUUCAUCUUCUCCAUCUUGGCAGAUAACGCAUCCGAAUUUCGAUACCACCGAUUGUGUCCUUGUUCAUACUUUGACCUUAAUGGCCCGUCACUCCAUCUGCAGUGCUUUACUUUACUUUUAAUCUACGUUGAUCGGAAUUGGCCUUGGAUCUUCUUCGAGAUCGUUGACUACUCAUGAUUGAUAUCCUCUGCAUUUGCAUUUCUUCUUCGGCAUCCGUUGCUUUUGCAGGAUGGGGAAUGACAGUGAAGGGUCAGAAUAUUUGAUAUCAUUUCAUUGAAGAUAUAAGCAAGUUAUGUGGAGUUAUCAGAACCAUUCAAGGAAAUGGAAUACAGUGCAGUGUUGAAAAAGAAUUCAAGACAUCAGAAUAUGUCAAGAGAUGCUAAGAAGGAGAUCCCAUUGCAACCAUCACGCCAUAGUGUGAAGCUGCGAGACAAGUUAAAAACUGAGAAGUUCACCAAUCAGUUGAACAAAGAUCUCCAUUACAGGACAAAACAAGAGAUAGUCCAUUGCAAAGUAAGACAGGAUGAUGAUCAUAGGCUGUUGAUCUCUCCUAAAUCUUCGGAGAAUCACCAAAGGCAAUGGAGCGACAGUGAAGCAACUCAAAAUGAUGAGCUUGUCAAGUACAUGUCCAAUUUACCAUGUUAUCUGCAGCAUGUGGAGAGAGGAAAAGACCUCCAAGAGAAGGCUUUGAAUUUUGGAGUGCUUGAUUGGGAACAUCUGGAGAAAUGGAAGUACAAGAAAAAGCAGAUCCCGAACAGAAGUACUACACACGAUUCAUCAACUAGUAAUGCUUCCUCUUCAUUCACAACUGUUGGAUCAUCCACCCCUUUUGGUAGAAGUCACAGUGGAACUUCUGCCCGCCAGAAGAAGCAAUCUCAUUCAUCCUUUACUAAUCUAAACUCAACUCUAAAUGAUGAAGCCAAUCAAAGAGUGAAAUCAACUAGGGGAAAUGUCAGUGAUCUUCAAAAAACUAGAACUGCCCCUAAAAGUUCAUCGGCUGCGACGCAAGAGCUCCUUGCAGCAGAUCAGUUUUUUUGCCAAAAUUAUUCAGAUAUUGAACUAGAGAAGAAGGCUAAGAGAAAAGAUUUGGAUCCCAAGAUCAUUCCCGAAAAGCUAACAUCAUCAUCUAGGUUGAAAGAUUGUGGGAUCUCAUUCUGUCCCAAGGAAAAGAUGAAGGUCCCAGAUGGUAUAUCUAAAAGGAGAGCAGAGCAGUUACAUCAGCUGACUUUCUCCCUUCCCGACAAUCCGUGCCCUGGAAGACACAAAAACAUUAUUCUCAUAUUGCCCAGAGAUUGUUUACGAAGCAGUUCGUCAGGGACCUCCAACUGGGCCGUUGAUGGAAGUUCACCAGGAGAUCGUAAAAGCUUUUCAGAUUGUCUUCAUCUCAAAGAGGAGGUUAACCUUGCAGAUCUCUAUUCUGAUGUUCCACACUCAUGCCCACUUCCUUGUAGAGUUGAAGAUAACCAGGAGUCUGACACGAAAUUUCCCAACUCUUUAUGUGCCCAAGGUACAGAAGUUCCAUCAGAUGCAAGUGGUUUGGCGGUAAUUCCAGAUGAGGUACCAAAUGGACAUGAUUAUGAUCUAGAAGAAAACAAGCCAUCGAGUUUAAUUACUGUUGAGUCUUCGUGUAGAUUGGAUCCAAACGCUGCUGAAGUUAGAAAUCAAUUAAAUCAUCAGCCCAGCAUUGGUUUUUGUAGGCUGAGCAGAAGUUUGAGUUUUAAAGAGGUUCAAACCAUUCCGCAGUUGAGAUCAUCAUAUGCUACUGUUAAAUCUGGUCCACAGAGAUCUGAUGUUCCUGCUUUUUCAGAUGCUUCAGCUAGAGAUAAACCAAACACCAAUAGCAGAGGCAGAUCCAGUCCUUUGAGAAGGCUAUUAGAGCCACUGCUGAAGCCAAAGGCAGCAAACUGCCCUGACCCAUUACUAAAGGAGCCAAAGUCAAAUCGUAGAGCUUGCAAGUCAUUUGAUGGUCAACUACAUUCUUCCACUAUUCAGUCUGUGAACAAAAAUUUAAAUUUAUCAAAUUCAGGGCCUGUCAAUGCCGAUGAUUUAUGUCCAAGUGAGAAACAUGUAGAAUCAAUGAUGCAUGCACUUAUGCAAGUCACAAUUAAGAAUGGAUUACCUCUGUUUACAUUUGUAGUUGACAGUGCUACAGAUGUUCUUGUAGCCACAAUGAGGAAAGAAAGUGCAACUGUGAAGGAUAGUUACAGUUGGGUUUACACAAUUUGCACUGUUCGGGAAAUUAAGAAGAAAAGUGGAAGGUGGGUAAAUCGUGGAAGCAGAGGGAAAAAUCAUGGAUAUGCCUCUAAUGUUGUUGGACAAAUGAAGGUUUCCCUGUCUCAAUGCCCUAUGCUGAGUGGACAAAAUUUUAAGGAUCACUUUCUGGUGAGAGAGUUUGUUUUAUUUGGUGUUGAACUGAGACAGGCAGAUCAAGAAACCUUGGAUUUUCACCCAAACCGUGAGCUUGCUGCCAUUGUUUUCAAGCUUCCACAAGAGAAUUUGGGAAAUUUUAGAAAUGAUGGAUGGCAGAGCACUAAAAAUAAAGACCUAUCAGAUAUGGGGUUGAGCAGUUGUAAGCCAAAGGGGAUAUGCUUGUGCAAUGCUGGGGAGGACCUAGAGAAUGAACAUAGUGCAGGAUCUGAAAGGGUUACCAGCACUGUGGUCGUAAUCCCAAGUGGUGUUCAUAGCUUACCAAGUACAGGAGUGCCUUCAUCUCUUGUUGGCCGAUGGAAGUCUGGUGGAUCAUGUGAUUGUGGGGGUUGGGAUAUGGGUUGCAAACUCAGAAUUCUUGUUAACCAGGGUCAAUCCAGUCACAACUUUACUUCAUCGAAAGCUUCUUCCAUCCCUAAUCAAUUUGAUCUUUUCAUUCAGGGAGAUUCUCAACAAAACAAACCUGUCUUCAGCUUGGCCCCACUCAAGAAAGGAAUUUUCUCAGUCGAUUUCCAUGGUUCAUUAACUCUGCUGCAAGCAUUCUCCAUCUGUAUAGCAGUUGUAAACAAUACAAAACCGUAUGAUCUAUCGGAAGUGAGUAAUAUGGUUGAAGCAAAAGGUCCACAGGAAACGAUAUCAAUUGAAAAUGAUGGAAUAAAUGCCAACGCUGAAGUUGAACAUGCAAGAUAUAUCCCUUUUCCACCGCUCUCUCCAGUUGCGAGGGUGUAGUUUCGUACAAAAUCUCUCUUAUAAUUGGGUCCAUGCAUCUUGAUAAUCUGUUCCAACUUGCAGAGCGGGUGGCAACUAAAACACCUUCAAGGCUUUAACAGAU